AUGAGCUCUAUCGAUUCCAAUGAUGGUAACAUUUCUUUGAUAAAGCUAACUUAUGUUUUAGAGAUCUAAAUAAAGUCUGGAGAAAAUAUUAGGUAUAUUAAUGACAAUACAGAUGACAGUAAUCACAUUGAAGAGGAAGAUAGACUAAUCUCAUAGAUGAUGCUUGACCUGAAAAAAUAAAAGUAGUAAUAGAAAUAGAAAUUGCAGUAGCAGAUCGAUAAUGAGCACAAUGAUCAUACAGUUUAUUAGGACUCCUCAGGUUAUGUAAGCCUUAACAUCAAAGCAGCAAAUCAAUUUGCUACUUAAGAGUCUCCUACUAGAAAUAAAUACAAACAGUACUAGGCAAGUACACUAUAAGAGAUAACUGAAACUUCAAUAAUAAGUGAGCAUUUAAAGCCAAAUUAGAAAUUUGAUUAUUAAAGGGAAGUUUCAUUUAAGAAAGAAAGUACAUUUAAUAUUGGCUAGUAUGAAGAUUAUGAAGAAAUCAAAAAGAGGAAAAUUGAUGAUCUGAAGAAUCAAGUUUUAAAUGAAAAGUAGAAUAUGUUUAGCACAGUUUAAGUUAAUAAUAGUAGUCAUAUCAAGGAGAGUAAAACUCCAACAAAAGAUUAAAACAAAAUCCACUAAAUUCCUUCUUAGUUUGAAUAAUCAAACAAUGAUAAACGCUCUUCAAUAACUCCUAGUAAUAAAACCAUAUCCUUUAUCAGUUAGAAUUAAAAUAUGACAACUUCAUUUGCUAACAAAUCCCCAAUCAAUGCCCAUAAAUCUAAUCAAAAUCAAGCAAGAGCAUUUCCAAAGUAUAGCCCAAUUCUUGAUAAAAAUAAGCCAUAGUAAUCUAGCAUUAACUAAUAAUAAAUCGAUACAAAAUCUAGUAAUAGCACUCGAAAUAUGUUUAAUACAGUUUAGCAAAUUCAUAAAACUUAGCAACCACCAAUUAGAUAAAGUGAUAGAUCUUAAACUAGACCCAAUAAUUAAACUCAAACAUUUGAUUAGAGCAGCAGGUAGUAAUAAUUAAGCAAUAAUAGAUUAUCUAAUUAAGAUCCUCAUUAGCAAUAACAGCAAUAUGAUAGAUCUAAUUUACUAUAUAACAACUCUAAUACUUAAGCAUCAACUUAACUUUCUGAGAAAACUCAGUAAAUUUACUUCAAAAAACUGUAAAAAGAAGUUGAAACAUCAAUAAGAGAGGCAGAUAAGCUUGAUAAAGGAGGGCUUGAUCUAGAAGAAUUCAAGCAGUGCUUCUUUAACUUGAAUUAUUUACCAUAUAUUAAUCCUAAAUUCAAUUAAGAUGCUAAAGGUCAUGAUAAGAUAAAUGACUAUACUUACUAGAACACGACUAGAAAUCUAAUGAUACAAGAAAAAGAAUUUAUCUAUAAUCUAUGGGCAAUACUAAACCCUCAAAAUAAUAGUUUUAUAGAUAAUGCCAUGCUAUACGAUGUCCUUUUACUCUUAAUUUAUAAUGUUAAAUCUACUAUACCUACUACAGCUGGAUUCUUGACUGAGUAUCUAGAAAAUCAUUAUUUAGAAGAAUAGGUUGAUAUUAAUAUCUUUGAAAACUACAAUUCUGGUUCUAGUCUUGGAAUAAAAAGUACAGAAGAUCAUUAAAAUGAAUCAUAAAAUCUUUCAAAUCUAAAUAAGUAUUUAGCCUAUAAUAAUAUGUGGUAAGUAGAAAAGAUUGCAAUUGAGUUCAAAUAAAUUCAUGCAAAUAAAAUUGCAUAUACCUAAUCACUGAGAUAAAGAUCAACAUCUCCAAUUAUAUCUCUAAAAGUGGGUUAAAAUAAUAAUGAGGUCAUUUCAUAAAAUGAUCGUAAAUUCAAACCGAAUAUAAUAAACGAGCAUAUUUAAGAGCUAACAUUUACUCCUAAUUUAAGCAAUCAAACAAAAAAAUUAGAUCAAAAAUUGACUUAGAGGCUACUGGAGGAAAAUUAAAGAUCAGGUAUAUUAAGAAGAGAUGUGAGUGCAGAUCAUAUUUCUAGAAAUUCCUCUUAAAAUACCUUGAUCAAAAGUUUAAAUCAUCAACAAGUAAAUGAAUCAGACAAUUAUUAAAGCUCAGCUAAUCUUAAUAGAUAUGAGCUAUUAUUUUACAGACAUCAUUUAGCUGAGUAAAAGAUUGAAAAAGCAAAAGAAAAUUUGAUUAAUAAAGAAUUAGAAGAAUGCUCAUUUAAACCAAAUAUCUUAAAAUAAUCAUAAGCAACUGGAGGUGGAAGCUACAUAAAUAUGAAAAGAGAGGCAAACUAAAUUUUUAAAGAUUUAUCACAAAAAAUUAAAAAUUAAAAAUAAAAACUAGAAGAAACAGCUAAGAAAGACAAGGAACUUGUAGAAUGUACAUUCAAACCAAACAUUCUAGGACAAACUAAGAAAAUUGCAUCAAAAUAGCCAGAUAAAAUCCCAAAAGGCUAUUACGAGUAAAUUAAUAGAAUGCGAAAGACAGCUGAGGAAAAAAGAGUAUUCGAGGAGAAAUAAAAGAAAAAGGAAGUAGGUGACAAUUAUGAAAAAUUAAAAUCUCUUCCAAUAAAACCACCUAGCUUUAUUGACUCCAAGAGGGAAAAGAAAAAGCUGCUUAUGUACGUUGAUGUGAAUAUAACUCCUACAAAGGCAGGUAGAAUAGGUAUAUAUGAAGGAGAUAAUAUCAAAGAUCUGGCAAGGAAUUUUUAGAAGACAUUCCAAUUGAAUAAUGGCAUGCUUCAUAUGCUAAUGCACUAGCUUGAAUAGCACCUAUUAAAUUACAAAGAUAAACAUGGUAUCGUCGAUGAUAACAGGACAACUUUCCCUAAGGGAAUAGAAGUCUCAUCUACAAAAAGUUAAAACACAGGAAGUAGAUAAAACACCGAAGAAUAACAAGAGGAUGAAGAAUCAAGUACCUUUGACAAUAGAAAAAAUAAAAAAAGAAAUAAGGAUAAAGGUACACCUGGCAGUAAUGCACCAUAGAUAAAUCCUUUUAAUUUAGAUAGUAGCGACAAAAGAAUAGAUGGCUAUGAUAUAAAAAACAAGCUUAAUAAAGAUCUUUAUGAUGAAGAAUAUGAAGAUCUUAAUGAUAACAUUGAUGAUAAUGAAGAGCUUAUUGGUGAUAUGGAUGGUGACCCAGACUCUCAUAGAUUAAAUGAGUAUGUUAGAUAAGAAAUUAUGAAGUUUGAUCAAUUAGAAAGAGAAAGAAUAGAAAGAGAGAUUGGUUUUAUCACAAGUUAAAAUCAUAGAUCAAAUAAUAACUUGAACAACUAUGAUGACUCAUUUAACAAUAGAAACGUUUAAUCUUUGCAAAACUAUUGA